AUGGCGCCAUCAUUCGAACCUCUACUUCCAUCGGCCAAACAGUCCGCGACAGCCAUCUCGGAAAGACCACCAUUGUAUGCGGAAGCAGACCAAAACAAAUUGGAGAAGAAGGUGGAAAAAUAUCUCGCCAAUUACGGUACCAAAUUCCAGAAAGAUGUCAUCACAGGUACCCACGGACUAUACGUAUUUACCGCGAACGGGCACAAGGUUCUCGAUUGGACCUCCGGCCAAAUGUCAUGCCUGAUCGGCCACGGCCAUCCAGAAAUCGUCAAAGUGAUUGCCGACCAUGCACUUUACCUUGACCAUCUCUUCUCAGGCAUGGUCUCACCGCCAGUCAUAAACCUCGCCGAACGGCUAGUUACGAACCUUCCUUCAGGGCUGGACAAAGCCUUCUUUCUAAGCACUGGCGGCGAAAGCAAUGAAGCCGCAAUCAAGUUGGCCAAAGUCUUCACGGGAAAAUUCGAAAUCGUUGGCCUCGGCGCCAGCUGGCACGGCGUCACAGCCCAAGCUCUUGGGGCACAAUAUCACUUUGGUCGCAAGGGCCAAGGCCCCAUGAUGCCAGGAAUGCACAUGCUUCCACAGCCCAACGCCUAUCGAUCCGUCUUUCGCAAGCCCGACGGCUCCUACGACUGGGAGACUGAACUAGACUACGGCUGGAACUUAAUUGACGCUGCAUCGUGCGGCUCCCUUGCCGCCUGCAUUGUCGAAUGCAUCCAGUCCUCUGCCGGCAUGCACGUUCUUCCUCCCGGAUACCUCAAGGCAUUAAAACAGCAUUGCGAAAAGCGAGGCAUGCUUUUGAUCGUCGACGAGGCCCAAACCGGCGUCUGCCGCGCCGGAGACUUCAUGGCCAUUAACCACGAAGACGUGGUGCCCGACAUCCUUACACUCAGCAAAACCCUGGGAAACGGCCUGCCCCUGAGUGCCGUCAUUACCAGUGACCACAUCGCCACCACCGCCGCAGAGAGAGAUUACUGCUUCUACACCACUCACGUCAAUGACCCUCUACCUGCAGCAGUAGGCGACAAGGUGCUCGAGAUUGUCCUCCGAGACAAUCUUGUCCAAAAUUCACGAGAGAUUGGCGCCGCCCUGCACGCCGGACUGAACCGCCUCAAGGAGAGAUAUGCCUGUAUCGGCGACGUCCGAGGUCGCGGGCUCAUGGCCGGCGUCGAAAUCGUGGCCGACCGCUCGACUAAGAAACCUGCCCUGGAGCUCGCGCGGCGCAUUGGUGAUCGCGCGUACGAGCUCGGCUUGUGGGCGAAUCUGAGCAGCCAUGCUAGCUUUGGAGGCGUCUUUAGAAUAGCGCCCCCGAUUACGAUUACGAGAGAUGUCCUCGACCGUGGUCUGAAAAUUCUCGAGGAGGCUUUUGCGUCGACGCCCGGUUCGAUGCCGCUGUACUAG